UUCUGGGAGAACCUCUUUUGAGGAGCCACGGCCAUGACCGUCUUUGGAGCCCUGCUCGGGAGCAACCAGGGCAUCCUCCUGCUGCUAUUUCUCGUGCACUUUCAGAGUCUUGGUCUGAAUAUUGACAGUCACUCUGCCACGGAGGUCUGCUCCACACACGCAAUUUCACCAGGACCCAAAGGAGACAAUGGUGUAAAAGGAGAUCCAGGUGAAGAUGGGAAGGACGGUAAAGUGGGACGCAGGGGACCAAAAGGAAUAAAAGGAGAACUGGGUGAUAUAGGACCCCAGGGCAAUAUUGGCAAGUCUGGCCCCAUUGGCAAGAAGGGUGACAAAGGGGAAAAGGGUUUGCUUGGAAUACCUGGAGAAAAAGGCAAGGCAGGCACUGUCUGUGAUUGUGGAAGGUACCGGAAAGUGGUUGGACAGCUGGAUAUCAGUGUGGCUCGACUCAAGACAUCUAUGAAGUUUGUUAAGAAUGUCAUAGCAGGGAUUAGGGAAACUGAAGAGAAAUUCUACUACAUUGUGCAAGAGGAGAAGAGCUACAGGGAAUCCCUAACCCACUGCAGGAUCCGGGGUGGAAUGCUUGCCAUGCCUAAGGAUGAAGCUGUCAAUACUCUCAUCGCCGACUAUGUCGCCAAGAGUGGGCUCUUCCGGGUGUUCAUUGGAGUCAAUGACCUUGAGAGGGAGGGGCAGUAUGUAUUCACAGACAACACUCCCCUGCAGAACUACAGCAACUGGAAGGAAGGGGAGCCCAGCGACCCGUAUGGCCAUGAGGACUGUGUGGAGAUGCUGAGCUCCGGCAGGUGGAAUGAUACAGAGUGCCACCUAACCAUGUACUUCGUCUGCGAGUUUGUCAAAAAGAAAAAGUAACGUCCCUCAUGCUACGCUAUUGUCCUUUGCCUGUGGCUGACUAGGAGAGGGGUAUUUUUAUCCAUCCUUAUCUUGUUAAUUACAACACAUUUGCUCCAGUUCAAGAUGGAUGGCAAAUGCUAAAAUGAGGCUACGACCAUUCCUCAACCAUGGUCUUCAGUGGCAGUUGUGACAUUUUUAUACAUGGUAUUUUAUUGACCCAACAGCUUCCAAUAUGACAUGGAUCCUGAGAGAAUUUCAAUGACUAUGGGCUGUAAGUCUUUGCUUGUGCCUCAUAUGAAUGUUCCCUUGGCAUUUUCUUUGCCGGUUAUCCCUAGAGUCCCAUCCUCAACAGGUAACUGCGUAGUUGGUUGCUUGACUGUAUGAUGAUUAAGGUAACUCACCUUGGCUCAAGGCUAGACCCAGAGGAAGGCCUCCUGUGAGUAAUAUCAAGCUCUUAACAAUGUUUGAACCUAAUUGUUUGACCUGUCUCAUACUCUGGAAGUGUCCAUAUUUGAAAAUUCUCUUUGUUUGCUCACACAUAGAAAUGAUUUAAUCCCAAAUUCCUCUGAUAAGAAUGUAUAGCUUAGUGACUUAUGACAGAUACUAUGGAAUAUCAGACAUGCCUUUGUGUUUCUGAGCUAAAGCCUUCAAUAAAGUUGAGCAAUCAGGUAUCUUUGGACCCAUCCUAUAGGCCCAUGUUUUCAUCUCAAGUCCCUAGAUAUAACCCUCUGAUUUAAUGAAAAGAGAAGUCUAGAACUCAAAAAGGGAAAAUGAGAGUUUGCCAAGCUAUGUAUUUUAAAGACCUCCUGCAAACUUUCCUUUUGCUAUUGUUAUGUAGCUUCAUGUAGUCAUGCCUCCCCUUCAGCCUGGAGAAGGAAGGAAAGACAUUCGAAGCCUUCAGAAAACUCUAGAAGCUUCAAAGUGCUACCAUCUCCAGGAGCCCUCCUCUUUGACUCUUAUAGAUUAUUCAUGAUGAAAUUUCACAAGAGGCCCUUCACUAUCUGUAAAUAAUUGUGGCAGAAACCAAGUGCCAGAGAUGUUCUUCCUAUUAUUUUGACAUCAUGAGGAUGUGUCAGGCAUGGGGUUUGGAAAGUGUUUAGAAUCUCUGAUUACUGGAUUGGCCAAAUUCUACCAUAAGCUGCAGAUCAAACCUUAAAGAACUUUUCCCUUGGCAUUUAAAAGUUCACAGGUCAACAAACUAUAAAUUAUCUUCUUAUAUACUGAUGUUCCAUUUAUGGAUUGUGAUACAUGAUAAGACUGUUUAAAAUUCUGACAAAAGCAAUUAAUAAAAUAAGAGAGACAGCUCAAAAAUGAACGUAUCCUCUCCUUAAGCUAUCUAUUCAUGAUCUGGCCCAUGAAAAAGUAGUUAUGAGAAAGGAUUUGAUGAAGUCAGUUCUAUGGGCUUAACGAGAGUCACAGACUGUCAUCCUGCAGGGUCUAGACAGAGGACAUGAGUAAUUGAAAUGGAACAGGUGAGACCCUUGAUCCACUGGACACAGCUUGCUCUUGAAGGAACCAGCUGUUCCUUCUCUGCUACUGCUAUUGUUGCCAUGCAGUAACCAGUGCAUAUCUGUGUCCUGACAUUCUCAGAGAAGUCAGAUAGCUAGACCUUUACAACUUCAUAUUUUCAAGUGUUGACAAUUAAUCAAUGCUUAGCCUGGACUUUAAAACAUACAAAAUCUUCUAGCCAAAAUUGUGAUCUUUCCAUUUCUCACCUCUGGGGAAAGUUUUGAAGGUUCUCACCAUGCCAAAAGUCAUUAGGAUAUAACAACAUCAAACUCAAAUCCCCUGUGAAUGCCUUAUU